AUGUCGUUGCAAGACCUCAUUCCCGUCGUCAACAAGCUUCAGGACAUCGUGACCACGACCCAGUUGGCUGAGUUGGAUUUACCCAUUUUGGCAGUCGUAGGCUCUCAGUCAUGUGGUAAGUCUUCUGUGCUUGAAAACAUCGUUGGACGCGACUUUUUGCCCCGUGGAACAGGCAUUGUCACCAGAAGACCGUUGGUGUUGCAGUUGAUGAACAUCCUGGAAAACGACCCCGUGAUCAAUUCUGACACCGGAUUUCGUUCGCUGAGUUCGUCUUUCAGUAACGGUGAGGCGCUGGACGAAGCAGUCAAUUUGGAAGACCAUUUGAGACGACAUGCUGCCAAUGGGAGCUACCAACCUCCCAACGAAUGGGGAGAAUUCUUGCAUAUUCCCCAUAAACGUUUCUAUAACUUCCUGGACAUCAGAAGAGAGAUUGAAAAUGAGACCCACAGAAUCGCCGGACAAAAUAAGGGUAUUAGCAGAUUGCCCAUCAACUUGAAGAUCUACUCUCCUAGAGUGUUGAAUUUGACGUUAGUGGACCUUCCUGGUUUGACCAAGAUUCCUAUCGGUGACCAGCCCACAGAUAUCGAGAAACAAACGAGAAACUUAAUCUUGGAGUACGUGUCCAAGCCCAACUGUAUCAUAUUGGCUGUUUCGCCAGCCAACGUAGACUUGGUCAAUUCAGAAUCAUUGAAGUUGGCCAGACAAGUAGAUCCUACCGGUAAGAGAACUGUGGGUGUGUUGACCAAAUUGGACCUUAUGGAUCAAGGUACGAAUGCGUUGGAUAUCUUAAAAGGAAAUGUAUAUCCCUUAAAACUUGGAUUCAUCGGGAUCGUCAACAGAUCGCAACAGGAUAUCUCAGACAACAAGUCGUUAGAUGAUUCGUUGUUCUCUGAACAACAAUUCUUCCAGAACCAUACGGCCUAUAGGUCGAUGUCUAGCAAGUGCGGUACCAAAUACUUGGCAUUGACGCUAAACAAAAUCUUGAUGACCCACAUAAGAGACAGAUUACCAGAUAUCAAGGCUAAGUUGAACACUUUAAUGGGUCAAACUGAGCAAGAAUUAGCCAGUUAUGGCGAAAUUCCAUCGCAUUUGAAAGAUUCCAAAGAAUCCAGAGGUGCAAUGGUCUUGUCUUUGAUGACAAAGUUUGCUACGACCUUUAUGAACUCAAUUGAAGGAACGUCAGUUAACGAAUUAUCAACAAAGGAGUUGUGUGGAGGCGCCAGAAUCUACUAUAUUUACAACGAGGUAUUUGGCUCGCAGCUAGCAGCCAUUAAUCCUACUCAGAACCUAACCAUUCACGAUAUAAGGAUUGCUAUUAGAAACUCUACUGGGCCCAGGCCAUCCUUAUUUGUUCCUGAGUUAGCCUUCGAUCUUCUUGUGAAACCACAGAUCAAGUUGCUAGAGGAUCCCUCACGUAGAUGUGUGGAGAUGGUCUAUGAGGAAUUGAUGAAGAUUGUUCACAAUGUCUGCUCCUCCAAUAUUGGACUUGAAUUGAACAGAUACCCUCGCUUACAAAGCAAAUUGAUCGAAGUAGUUUCUGAUCUCUUGAGAGAAAGAUUGGGUCCCACUAUAAAGUAUGUGGAAUCGUUGAUUGAUAUACACAAGGCUUAUAUCAACACCAACCAUCCCAACUUUGUGGGUGCAGCAAGAGCCAUGAGCAUCGUUGUGGAAGAACGCCAGAAGCAAAAGGAGUUCGAACAAAAAAGCAAAAUGAGACUCGCUAGCGAGCGAAUUUUGAACAAGAAAUACAGCGAUUCAAUUGAAGAAGAAGAAGGAGACGAUGAAAAGAACCCAGACGAAGAUAUAAAUUCUGUGGAUGACGUAAUUCCUGUGAAACACAAGAGAUCUGAAUCUGGAAAGACUUACUCAGUCAAGGCCGAAUCCACUCCUAAUUUGGCAGGAAGCCAACACAACCAUUAUCAGCAAGAAUCGUACUUGAACUAUUUCUUUGGUAAGGAUCCAGUUAUUCACCAGCAACACAUGCAGACUCAGGCACAAUUGAACCCAACUCCUUUUAAGUUUCCACAUCAUCAAGAAUCGUUGCAAUUCAACUCCAACUUUGUCAAUGGCAUGGCCAAUAACUCACAACCCAACUUGGAUCAUUUCAAGCUGAUGAGUCUCACAGAUUCCAUUCAAGACGACUCGACGUCGUUUGAAAGUGAUGAAACUCUCAACGACUUGACUGAAAGAGAGCAGCUAGAAUGUGAACUCAUCAGACGUUUGAUCAUCUCUUACUUCUGUAUUGUUAGGGAAAUGAUUCAGGACCAGGUUCCCAAGUCUAUUAUGUGCUUGUUGGUCAACUACAUCAAGCAACAUAUCCAAAACCGUUUGGUGGUGAAGUUGUACAGCGAAGACUUGUUCAAUGAGUUGUUACAGGAAGACGAAGGUAUUCAAGCGGAGCGCGAAAAGUGUAUGUCUUUGUUGAAGACCUAUAGAGAGGCCUCUAGAAUUAUCAGUGAUGUCGUAUGA